AUGCAGGACACGAUGGCAACCACCUUCAAGGGCACUGUGCAGCCGGUGCCGUUCGGUGUCUCCGCCUCCUACCCACCGCGCAGCGGCAACUUUGUCAGGCCGCUGGUGGACGGCAUACCGGCGUUCACCCGCAUCGGAGCGGCGAUCAGGGACGCCAAAGCCCGGGUGUGGAUCGGCGUCUCCUUCAUCGACUACCAGUCCUUCGUCUUCCCGGGCUUCGAGGCCUCGGGCAAGAACGACGGACACUUCUGGACCCUCCUCCGUCGCGUGGCCGAGCGUGGCGUCGACGUCCGCCUCCUGUUUUGGUCCAACACGCGAUUCUUCAAGAACUCGCACUUUCCAAGCGCGUCGGAGAGCCACGAAUGGCUGAAGCAGCUGCACCGGGGAGAGGAAGAGCAGCGCCUCGACUGCGGCAUCCUCAUCCGCUGGGACCAGUCCAACGACGCACCCCACUGCCACCACGAGAAAUCCUUCCUCAUCGACGCUGGCCAGGAAACGGAGGUGGCGUUCGUGGGCGGGAUCGGGAUGGGAUCGGGCGGGAUGGUCACGCCCGAGCAUCCGCCGUGCCGGCCCGGCGACCAAAACGACCACCACAACCACGACACCUUCUUCGAGCUGCAGGGUCCUUCAGGGACCGACGUGCACCAUCACUUUGUGCAGCGAUGGAACGGGGCACUGGACCACCACCUCGCCGGCGGCCAUUGGCCCUCGCUCGAGCGGGCCAACAGCCUCCCGUUCCCGUCCAAGCUCACCCCGCCCUCCGAACAAGGCAAUGCCACGGUGCAGGUGCAGCGCUCGGUGCGGCCGCAGAGCCGAGGAGGCUACACCGACUCCACGCCGACCGUUCUGCCGCCCGACUACCCCGGGCUCCCCACGCUCGACAUUCGCGAGGGCGAGCAGAGCAUCUACGAACAGUACAAGCUGGGCGUUCCGCUCAUCAACCACAUCGCGCAUUCAGCGUUCGGUGCGGCCAAGCGUACGAUCUACAUCGAGAACCAGCACGUGGCCCACCCGCUCCUGCUCGACCUCCUCAUCCAGGCCCUCAAGCGCGGGCACGGACCUCACCGCCGCUUCUACCCCACUUCUCGAAUCCUUCUAAACAUCUCCUGUUCGGUGGCGGUUGUGUACAUGGCGCCGGCGCUGGUCAUGCGCGCUGUGUCAGCCGAGUACGAGGCCUACACCCGAUGGACCGAAGCCGUGAAGCGAGGCGAUACCACCGUUCCGAGGCCCCGCUACGCCGACGUGUGGGUCCGGCUGGCGGAGCUGGCCACCCUCGAGAACUUCGUGUUGGCCGGACUGUCGGUCGCCAACCCCGACCGGCCCCACGGCUACCAGAUUGAAUACGUGCACUCCAAGGUGGCCAUCGUAGACGGCGAGUGGUUCACGGGCGGGAGUGCCAACCUGGUGGAUCUCUCGAUGGAGAAGGACCACACGGAGCUCAACAUCUCCGUGUGGGACAAGCCCGCCGCCCGCCGCUUUCUCGCCGACCUCGUCCACGAGCACUCGGGCGUUGACACGGGUGGCAUGACGGACGUGGAGAUGGUGGCGACACUCCAGCGCGUGGCCAAGGCCAACGGCCAGGCACUCCGCGCACGGAAACCAUUGACAGGCCACGCCUUUGCCCUGGACCCGCUCACCUACGGGUCGCAGCUCAAGAACUACUGA